AUGGCUAUUCCAAUUACGGAGGAUACCCUCAGGACUAUAAUAGUCAGCAGCAACGCCCUCCUUCCCAAUCAAGUCAAGGCUUGCCCCCAAGCGGCGCCGGCUACCAGGGCCAGGGCAGCGGCUACCAGUACGGAGAAGGAUACAGCCAGCAAUAUCCGGGCGCCCAGUACCCUCCCAAUAGGCCCAUGUAUCCACCCUAUGGGCCUGAAGGAGACAGGUCAGCAGGGUUACAACCAAAGCAGCACAAGUGCUAACAGUACCGUACCACCACCAGCUGGCCCUGGAAGUGGAAACAGUAGCCAAGGACCUGGUCCUCAGGCUCCUCAGCAAGGUCAGCAGCAACCUCAGUCCCAACAGCAGCAACAGCCCCAGCAGCAGGACUACAAUAGGUACCCAAUCGGUGGAGGUUACCCUCCCCCGAGAGGUUAUCCACCACCUGGCGGUGGGGCUAGCCCGUCUGGAGGAACCCCUCCCGGUGGCCAGUACUCAGGCGACUUCUAUAGGGAGGGUUACUAUCCUCCCGGCGCUGGUGGGGCUAAGACUAUGCCUCCUCCCGCUCCUCAGCCAAGGAGGCAUCCUGACUUUGUUAAGGACGCAGCUCCACAGCCACCGUACCCUCCUUAUCCUCAACAGAGACCCAAUAUGUAUCCAGGCUGGUCAAACAACAGCAACAACAACUUCCGUGGGCAGUACCCUACACCCGGAGGCAGUCCCGGACCUCAGCAGUGGGGCCAGGGCCCUUCGCGACCUGGUGCUCCUCCCAAUCAUCAGCCAAACAGCCCUCAAUGGCAACCUCCAUACCAGCCUUCUCAGGCUCAACAAGGUUGGGGAAUGGGAACUCCAGGAGUCAAUCAGAAUUCACCACUUAGGCCACCAAUGGCUCCUCGUCCAGGAUUCAGACCAGACUCGAAACAGUAUUGUCAAAUGCCACCACACCCAGGAGUCAAGGCUCCUGGCAUGGGACCUGGUUUCGGCCCUGGAAGUAGUGCUCCAGUGAAGAGGGAACUGGUUUUCCCAUUGGAUAGUGUUGAAGCUACUACUCCAGUUCUUUAUAAGAGAAGAAGGUUAGCAAAGGCAGAUGUUGCACCAUUAGAAGCUUGGAGGAUAAUGAUGGCAUUAAAAUCAGGUCUUUUGGCAGAAACUACAUGGGCUUUAGAUGUCUUGAACAUUCUUUUAUUCGAUGAUAGUACAAUUGCUUAUUUCGGCCUCGCUCACCUUCCUGGUCUGAUGGACAUACUGCUUGAGCAUAUGAAACGUGCCCUUUCUGACAUGCUUGAACCUCAAGAAAUCAAAUCUGAAGAUCAACCUGUAAAGCCGGAAGAUCUUGGUGCUGUAAUAUCUCCUCCUGUUCCUGAGGAUAGGGUAACUUUUUUGAAAAAUGGUGAUUACACCUAUCGAAGUCGAAAAGGUCAUACUGUAACUAUAACUCAAGACACGGAUGAUAUUUUUAUCUUAGAUGGUAAAAGAACAUGGGACUCAGAUGACAUAGUCGAUGAUGGGGACCAGGACUCAAGAUACAUUAUCAGUUGUUUUAGGGCAGAAUUUGGAAAAAUUCCUUUCUUCAGAAUGUUAUCAGGGCCUAAUAAAGAAAAGAAAAUCGAAGUGAAAGAAGAACCAAAGUCAGAAUCUCCUCCUCCUCCAGUGGUCGAAGAGAAGAAACCAGAAAAGAAAGUGGAAAGAGUUACUAGGAAAAAGACAAAAUCAUUAAGUGAUGUUCUUUCACGAAUAAAAAAGGAGGUACCAUCUGAAACAAUAGAAGAACCUGUAAAACCUCCUGAUAUAAAAGAAGAAGUGAAAGAAGAACCUGUCUCAUCACAGCCUUCGACUGAGGAAUCUCCUCCAGUAGAUAUCCCAAUCAAAGAAGAAGUCAAAGAAGAAGAAAAGCCUCUGUCAAGGAUAAGGGAUCCUGCUGGUACAUUAAAAAGGAGAAGAAUAUCAGACUAUGAAGAUGAAUGUUACACCAGAGAUGAGGCGAGUUUAUAUCUAGUUACUGAAACCCAGGAUGCUAUAGCUAGGCGAUGUGUUUGUAUAUCUACCAUUCUUAGGAAUUUAACUUUUGUACCUGGUAAUGAAAUAGAAUUUGCUAAAAGUGGCACUUUUCUCGGUUUGCUGGGAAAAUUAUUACUUUUGCAUCAUGAGCAUCCUCCAAGGAUAGCAAAACAAAGAAAUUAUGACCGGGAAGAGGACACAGACUUUGCAGACUCAUGUUCCAGCCUACAGGCUGACUCUGAUUGGUGGUGGGAAUUCCUCCAUCACUUAAGAGAGAACGCUCUAGUCAGUAUAGCCAACAUAGCGGGUCAUGUCGAUCUCGGCCUCUAUCCAGAAGAUAUUUCACGUCCUAUACUGGAUGGGCUGUUGCACUGGGCAGUGUGCCCUGCUGCCCAAGGGCAGGACCCAUUCCCUACGGUUUCGCCCACCAGCUCGUUGUCACCUCAGCGUUUGGCUCUUGAAGCUCUCUGCAAGUUGUGUGUUACCGACUCCAAUGUGGAUCUUGUAAUCGCUACCCCUCCUUACUGUAGGCUAGAAAGGCUAGCUGGAGUACUCACGAGGCUACUAUGCAGAAGUGAAGAGCAGGUGUUACGAGAAUUCGCCGUCAAUCUACUCUACUACUUGGGUGCAGCAGAUAGCGGGAUGGCACGCACUAUUGCUCUUCAACCUGCUUGUGUAUCUCAGCUAGUAGCUUUUAUAGAGGAAGCAGAAACUAAAGCAUUAGGAGUGGCAAACACACACGGGCUCUCAGCGCUUCGAGAUAAUCCCGACUGCAUGGGUACCAGUUUGGACAUGCUGAGGCGAGCAGCACGGACACUCCUUCACCUGUCACAACACCCUGAAAACAGGACCCUCUUCCUGCAGCAAGAACAACGCCUGCUGGCACUCGUCAUGUCCCAGAUCCUCGACCAGCAGGUGGCAUCUGUCAUAUCAAUGGUCUUGUUCCAUGUCUCUCGGAGCCAGUCCCCUGCUCCAGAGGCUGCAGCCUCGUAG